AUGGCGACUUCUUCAUCAGUUCACGAUCAAAUUGCUUCGUCCACAUUGCUUUUGAUCAAGCCUAAUCAGAACUUGAUUAUUGAACUCAAUCCGUUUUUGUACGACUCGUAUAUGCUACACGUGGUUGAGUGUUUGAAAUAUUCACCAUUGGUUAUAGCCCUAACACAGGUGGAAGCCGUCCCUAUGUCACUUUUAUCACAGGUUUACUCGACUGCCUCUUAUGACAAAAACAAGGAACGAAUCUACUUCCAAAUCCAUUCUCAUAAGGCGUCUAUGUCAAAAGGGAGAUUUUGUUCCCUUUUGCACCUAGCUGUGGAUUCGUAUGUAAUUUCACCAGACUUCAUCACCACUCCUCAACUUUUCUCGAUGCUAUACGACAUGGGAUACACUGACGUGCUUACCACGAUCACGAAGGUCAAGAAGUCUUGCUUACCGUCCCCAUGGAAUGGAAUGCUUACUCUUCUCAUCAAGAGUUUGGAGGAGCGAAGUGCUGGAUCUAAUGGCACCAGCAAGGGUUUUCUGACCCUUCUCUAUGACCUUUACAAUGGUCUCAAUCUCGAUUACGGAAGUAUUAUCUGGUCUCAAGUGGUUCAAAGCCUCAACACAUCAACGAGGCAUUCUGAAAUCUCGUGUGCACGAUUCUGGACUAUCAUUACAUGA